UUUUAACGGUCCCGCCUCGGUCACACCGCAUUUCUUUGCCGGUUUUUUGGAUCAAAAGUUAAAAUCGGAAAGCUCCGCGCUCGCUUCGGUGUUUUCGCCCCGUUCGUACGUCGCGAGUGCGCCAAAUAGAAAACCGUGAAAAUUAAUAUUUUAAAGUGGGAAAAACGACAAGUUGGAGCAGAGAUGAUGCCGCUGCAGGAGUCGACGCAGUCCCUGAGCUGGCAGCUGGAGGACUACGCGUACUUUCGCAAGUGCGGGGAAAUAACCGCCUCGCCGGACGUCCAGAGCUUCGGCUUCAACUGCGCCUUCUGUCCGGCCAUCUGCCUGCAGUUUUCCGUGUUCAUGGACCAUGUCCGGGAGCAGCACACCCAGGAGGUGAGGCGGCGCUACGACGCAGUUACCGCCGAGGAACGGGCCGAGCAGCAAGCGCAGACGGAUCUGGUGAUCAUGGAGCUGGACUGCCCGGAGAUGUACCCACUGGAGGGGACACCACAAAAGAAGGCGGGCUGUAGCCCCUGGGAGCCCAUGGAGGCAGACUUGGACGUUCAGCUAAUGAGCCUUCUGCCGCCGGCGACCCCCACCGCUCAGCACAUAACCACCACGGAAGCCGUGGCGCCAGAAAUAGAUUUGGUUUACGUGGUGGAAAAUCCAUUGCCACCCUCGCCGCCGCCUUCAGCGGACAUUUCGACGGGCGAUGAGCUGCAGGCCCUGCACCUGGAACUACAUCCCGACGACACCGAUCCCUUCACCCUGCUCCACGACGUGGUGAUGUCUCCGCCCACACACUUGCCAUUGAAUCCGCUUGCUGAGGGAGUUGCUCCCCCGCCGAUUACAACUCCGCUGUUGCCGCGCUAUGAGACACGACGCGUGGCAAUGCAGCGUAAGCUUCGCCAGGCGGCAAACGAGAAUGCAAAAGAGGGCGAAGGCGAGGAGGAGGAGGCGGAGGAGCUGCUGCUGCAGAUAGAGGAACUGGAAAUGGAGGAGGCCGCCGAGGAAGAUCCGAUCGAGCAGCCGGAGAAGAAUGUUCUGGAAAUGACACCGCCAGCCACACCACCCACUCCCAUGCCGCCCACCUCACCCACCAGCAGUGUGGCGAGCAGCCUGGACUUUCAAACGAGAACCCGACGCGAACUAGAGCGCAAUCGAGAGUUUGUUAGCUCUCUGUUGACGGAAUAUGAACGUAUGGAGAAGCUGUGGAAUCCCCGGCAUCCGGACUACAAAUACAAUGCCAAGCGUAGCGUCUACGGAGAACUGGCUGCUCCGUUGGAAUGUCACUGCCAUAUGCGACUCUCUGGUGCCGAAAUCUUUGCUGUGCUCAAGGAACUGCGGGGCAGAUACCGCCGCGAGCUGAGCAAGCUGAAUGCUCUUGGUGGGAAGUACAAGUCGCGGUUGUGGUACUUUGAUAGGAUGCACUUUCUCAGAGGCGUCAUUGAGAACAAGCGAGCGGAGAGAGAGGCCAAGAUUUCAAGUGAGACCACCGAGAGCGAAAAGUCUUGCGAAACGGAUGCCGAGUCCUGCAGCAAAUCAACUCUUUACCGCGAAGUACUAAGCUAUAUACUGGAUGCCUUCAAGAGGUUGGAAUGCCUGUGGAAUCCGCAGCAUUACGACUAUGCCAGUUGCUGCAAAAAGGAUCUAUACCGGGAGAUAUCCGUUCAGUUGCAAGAGGAACUCAGCUACGAGCUGAGCGGCGAGGAGUGCUACAAGGAGAUCCAAAAGCUGAGGACGCGUUACCGCAAGGAGCUGCGCAUGGUGAUCAAGCACAAGGGUCUGUACCUGCCCAAACUGUGGUGCUACGACGAGAUGGAGUUCCUGCAGCCGAUACUGCAGGAGCAGAUCUUCACCAAGAUCAGCAAGAAAGUCGGGGUGGUGGAGACCAAUCAGAAGACCAAGUUUAUCGAUGCCAGCUCCAUACAGUUCGCCACUGCCGAGGAUCAGCUGCAGUUCGUAGAGAUCUACCGCAACUACUCAGCUCUAUGGGAUGUGGAUCAUCCCGACUUUCGCUCAAAUGCCUAUCGCAGCCAGGCUUUGGGUCAAAUGCUGGACGAAUUAAACACCACCUUUCAUACUUCCUACGCUGCCGAGCAUCUAGAGAAGACGCUGUUUGAUCUGCGCAAGGAUUUCUCAGCUCAGAAACGGAAAAUACUCACUGGUGACUCCAGCAGCAGCAUUCCCCUGCUGCACGCCAAAUUGUCGGAGUUUCUGGAGCAGAACCUGGGACCCUUCCGCUGCGAUGUGUGCUCGGAGCUGGUCAAGACCUGUGAUCAGUACAAGGUUCACCGUUCAGGGCACGAUGGGACGCAACCUUUCAUAUGCACGCUCUGUGGCAAGGGCUUCCAAAUGCCGUGCAAUCUGACGGUGCAUAUACGGCGACAUCGCCGGGAUUUCCCUUAUGCCUGCGAGCAGUGCGACAAGCGCUUUGCCACGUCCACGGAGGUGGCCAUCCACCUACGCAGCCACACCGGCGAACGGCCCUAUAUCUGCGACCUAUGCGGCAAGUCCUUCAAGACCUGGUCCUUCUUCGACAUCCACCGGCGGCGGCACCUCAACCAGUCAACAUUCCACUGCCCGAUCUGUGCGAAGGGAUUCUACGAGAAGAAUCGUUUCACUGAUCACAUGAACUCCCACUGGGCGAUCCGCAAGCACCUGUGCACGGUUUGCGGUAAGACUUUUACAACAUACGGAAACCUGAAGAAGCACACGGAGUUGCAUCUGACGGUGAAGAAGUACAAGUGCAGUGCCUGUCACAAGCGCUUCGCCCAGUUUGCUAGCCUGCGAUGGCACAAGAAGCGGGAGCACGGCCCCGAGGGGCAGACCCCGGACGAGAAGUAGACCACGCCGCACCACUCAAAGUUCUCCCCUCUCUCUCUCUGCACUUGACAAUAUUUACAAGGCAAUUGUAAAGAGUUAGCGUGCUGGAAUCAUAUCGUCGAUCUAACACUAAGUAUAAUGUAUUUAUUUACAGUGCAAGUGUGUCUGAUAACUAGCUAGCAAGUGUUGCUUCUCAAGUUCUGUAAGCUUUAUCGCUGCAAUCAGACGAUUAACUUGCCAUUAGUUGAAUGCUUGUAACUGGUUUGCUAGCCAGAAACCAAAGCCAUUGAAAGUGAAACCAAAAAUACACCUCUACCCAAGGAUAUAUUAUAUGUAUAUUAAAGCAGUUGUUAUGGAAUUUAACUAA